CGCGACAGUCCUCCGACCGAUACAGGAAGUGACACAGAAAGCGGAAAUGACAAUGCGGGGCUGGUCGUUUUGAAAAUUGGUGUGGUUGGUUUGCCUGUUGAUAGGUCCAUGUAACGUUCCGAUUAAGUCGCUGACGUCUCGGAUAGAACAAUGUCAAAAAUUCCCAGAGGGCAGCAUUCCGCAGACACAAAAAAAGCAGCACAUAGAAAUGAGAUGAAAGAGGCAGCAACUGCAACUAAUGCUCUCCAAAAAGACGGUGUCCUCAAACAGAAAGAAAACAUCAUGCGAAAAAAUGUUGCCCAUAGGGUUUACAAAGGGGUUUCAACAAGGUAUGACAUGCAGGAACAACUGAAGGAGCAAAAUCAACAGUUGAUGGCUGCCAAUGAGGAACUGCAGAAAAACCUCGCAGAGACACGGCAAAGAGUAACUCAUUUGGAGCAACAGUUUUGUGCCCUUGAAAAGGAAAAUUCUGAGGUGGAGAAAAAUCUGAAGGACUGUCAGAUACUCCUAGUGGCUGCAAAAAUAGACCCCAUUUCAGGAGAUGUUGUUGGAGAAGCUGCACGUCAAGAUGAAGAACAAAGAAAAGAAGUAAUGAGCAUCUCCACAGACCUGCUGAAGGAAUUAAAGCAUUUCAGUGAGAUGGCAUCGCAGCAGCGAUCUCAUCUACAGGAAAUCCAGAAAACAAUGACUGACCUGAGUGAAGCAAGGCAACAUAUGCUGCAAGAGAGGGAGGCUUUUUCUGUGGAAGCUGCCGAAAUGGAAAAAGCUCUAACGGAGGCAGAAGCUCUAUUAUUGUAAAUAUGUAGAAAUGACUCAACUGAAAUAGUGUGUGAUGGUUCAUAA